AUGUCUGUCGAUUUCAAUACCCUAGCGCAACAGUUCACUGAGUUUUACUACAAUCAAUUUGACACGGACAGAACGCAAUUGGGAAACCUAUACCGUGAGCAGUCAAUGUUGACGUUUGAGACCACACAACUGCAGGGUGCCAAAGACAUUGUCGAGAAGUUGGUGUCGCUUCCUUUCCAGAAAGUGGGCCACAGAAUCAGCACCUUGGACGCACAGCCUGCAUCGCCAAACGGCGACGUGCUAGUGAUGAUCACAGGCGAUCUUCUGAUUGACGAAGAGCAGAACGCACAGAGAUUCUCGCAGGUGUUCCACUUGAUGCCUGAGGGAAACUCGUACUAUGUCUUCAACGACAUUUUCCGUCUGAACUAUGCGGCCUAA